CUUCUCCCGCGGCCGGCGCGCGGUUUUCGGCGGCCCAACAGCGGCCAGCCGAGGCCGCGGCGCUCUCACUGUGGCAUUCGCGCACAGUCGCGCCGCGACAACCCCGGUGGUUGGGUCCCUUUGAGAGAUUUCGACUUGUUGGAGACCUGAUGGCCAAAAGAAAGGAAGAAAAUUUCUUCUCUCCUGAAAAUGCCAAAAGACCAAGACAAGAAGAACUGGAGGAUUUUGAUAAAGAUGGUGAUGAAGAUGAAUGUACAGUUUCUUUCACUAAUGGUACCUCUACUUUGACUGCAGCAGAAGUUGGAAUAAUUGAGAGUAUUCAUCUAAGAAACUUCAUGUGCCAUUCAAUGCUUGGACCCUUUAAAUUUGGUUCUAAUGUCAACUUUGUUGUUGGCAACAAUGGAAGUGGAAAGAGUGCGGUACUCACAGCUCUUAUAGUUGGUCUUGGUGGAAAAGCAGUCGCUACUAAUAGAGGAUCCUCUUUAAAAGGAUUUGUGAAAGAUGGACAGAACUCAGCAGAUAUCACAAUAACAUUAAGGAACAGAGGAGAUGAUGCCUAUAGAGCAAAUGUGUAUGGUGAUUCCAUAGUUGUACAACAACACAUCAGCAUGGAUGGAAGUCGAUCCUAUAAACUAAAAAGUGAAACAGGUACUGUGGUUUCUACUAGGAAAGAAGAACUGAUUGCAAUUCUGGAUCAUUUUAAUAUCCAGGUGGAUAAUCCAGUUUCUAUUUUAACACAAGAGAUGAGUAAGCAGUUCUUGCAGUCUAAAAAUGAGGGAGACAAAUACAAAUUCUUCAUGAAAGCAACCCAACUUGAACAGAUGAAGGAAGAUUAUUCAUACAUUAUGGAAACAAAAGAAAGAACAAAGGAGCAGAUAAAUCAAGGGGAAGAGCGACUUACUGAACUAAAGCGCCAGUGUUUGGAGAAAGAAGAACGUUUUCAGAGUAUCGCUGGCUUAAGUACAAUGAAGACUAAUUUAGAGUAUUUGAAACAUGAAAUGGCUUGGGCAGUGGUCAACGAAAUUGAAAAACAAUUGAAUGCUAUCAGAGAUAAUAUCAAAAUUGGAGAAGAUCGUGCUGCUAGACUUGAUAGGAAAAUGGAAGAACAACAGGUCAGACUUAAUGAAGCAGAGAAAAAAUACAAGGAUAUUCAAGAUAAACUAGAAAAGAUUAGUCAGGAGACAAAUGCACGAGCACCAGAAUGUAUGGCAUUGAAAGCAGAUGUCACUGCUAAGAAAAGGGCCUAUAAUGAAGCUGAGGUUUUAUAUAACCGUUCUCUAAAUGAAUAUAAAGCAUUAAAGAAAGAUGAUGAGCAGCUGUGUAAAAGAAUUGAAGAACUGAAAAAAAGCACUGAUCAGUCUUUGGAACCUGAGAGGUUGGAAAGGCAAAAAAAAAUUUGUUGGUUAAAAGACAGAGUAAAGGCCUUACAGGACCAGGAAAAUUCAAUCAAUCAAGAGAUUGAACAGUUUCAACAAGCCAUAGAAAAGGACAAAGAAGAAUAUACUAGAAUUAGGGGCGAAGAACUAGAUGUGAAGCAUGCACUGAACUAUAAUCAGAGGCAAUUGAAAGAACUGAAGGAUAGUAAAACUGAUAGACUGAAAAGAUUUGGCUCUCAUGUUCCAGCUCUUUUGGAGGCAAUUGAUGAAGCUUACAGACGGGGACACUUUACCCAUAAACCUGUAGGCCCUUUAGGAGCUUGCAUUCAUCUUCGGGACCCCGAGCAUGCUUUGGCUAUUGAAUCCUGUUUAAAAGGACUACUCCAAGCCUAUUGUUGCCAUAACCAUGCUGAUGAAAGAGUACUUCAGGCACUGAUGAAAAGGUUUUAUCCACCAGGGACUUCACGGCCACAGAUAAUAGUUUCUGAAUUUCGGAAUGAGAUGUAUGAUGUAAGACACAGAGCUGCUCAUCAUCCAGAGUUCCCAACAGUUCUGACAGCUUUAGAAAUAGAUAAUGCAGUUGUUGCUAAUAGCCUAAUCGACAUGAGGGGCAUAGAGACAGUGCUGCUAAUCAAAAAUAAUUCUGUAGCUCGUGCAGUUAUGCAGUUUCAAAAGCCACCCAAAAAUUGUAGAGAAGCUUUUACUGCUGAUGGUGACCAAGUUUUUGCAGGACGUUAUUAUUCAUCUGAAAAUACACGACCUAAGUUCCUAAGCAGAGAUGUGGAUUCUGAAAUAAGUGACUUGGAAAAUGAGGUUGAAAAUAAGAAGGCCCAGAUAGUAAAUCUUCAGCAGCAUCUAUCUGCCCUUGAAAAGGAUACUCAACACAAUGAAGAUCUUCUUAAAAGAUGCCAACUACAUUAUAAAGAGUUAAAGAUGAAAAUAAGAAAAAGUAUUUCCGAAAUUCGGGAACUUGAGAAUAUAGAAGAACACCAGUCUGUAGAUAUUGCAACCUUGGAAGAUGAAGCUCAAGAAAAUAAAAUAAAAAUGAAAAUGGUUGAGAAAAACAUGGAGCAACAAAAAGAAAAUUUGGAACAUCAUAAAAGUCUUAAAGUAGAAGCAGAAAACAAGUAUGAUGCAAUUAAACUAAAAAUUAAUCAGCUGUCAGAGCUAGCAGAUCCACUUAAGGAUGAAUUAAACCUUGCUGAUGCUGAAGUGGAUAAUCAAAAACGAGGGAAGCGGCAUUAUGAAGAAAAACAAAAAGAACACUUGGAUACCUUAAAUAAAAAGAAACGAGAACUGGACAUGAAAGUAAAGGAGCUGGAGGAGAAAAUGUCACAAGCAAGACAGAUCUGCCCAGAGAGAAUAGAAGUAAAAAAGUCUGCAUCAAUUCUAGACAAGGAAAUUAAUCGAUUAAGACAAAAGAUACAGGCAGAACAUGCUAGUCAUGGAGAUCGAGAGGAAAUAAUGAGGCAGUACCAGGAAGCAAGAGAAACAUACCUUGAUCUGGAUAAUAAAGUAAGGACUUUAAAAAGAUUUAUUAAAUUACUAGAAGAAAUAAUGACUCAUAGAUACAAAACAUAUCAACAGUUUAGAAGGUGUUUGACUUUACGAUGCAAAUUGUACUUUGACAACUUACUAUCUCAGCGAGCUUAUUGUGGAAAAAUGAAUUUUGACCAUAAGAAUGAAACUCUUACUAUAUCAGUUCAGCCUGGAGAGGGAAAUAAAGCUGCCUUCAAUGAUAUGCGUGCCUUGUCUGGUGGUGAGCGUUCUUUCUCAACAGUCUGCUUCAUUCUUUCCCUGUGGUCCAUCGCUGAAUCACCUUUCAGAUGCCUGGAUGAGUUUGAUGUUUACAUGGAUAUGGUUAACAGGAGAAUUGCAAUGGAUAUGAUACUUAAGAUGGCAGAUUCCCAGCGUUUUAGACAAUUUAUCUUGCUUACCCCUCAAAGCAUGAGCUCACUUCCUUCAAGUAAACUGAUUAGAAUUCUUCGAAUGUCUGAUCCUGAAAGAGGACAAACUACUUUGCCUUUCCGACCUGUGACUCAAGAAGAUGAUGACAACUGAACUAAAUUUUUAAUUUAAUAUGCUUUGUCCUCAUGCUGAAAGAUUCGUGAGGGGAAAAAAUAUGGACUAUUUGAAUAACACGAGACUGGAGAUAUUCUAAAAUAAAACAAUCUCCUUUUAUCUGACUAUAAUAAAAUAUUUAAAUAAGCCUAGGAAACCAGCUAUACAACCAGCAAUUGAAAAUUACUUUUACUUUCCUUUGAGAAAAUCAGUUACAUUGUACUGGUUUAAAUUGCUUUGAGUUCUUUGUUUUUGUUUGUUUAUUUUUAGCCAUCUACUUUUGUAGAUUGUUUUUCAGAAGUAAAAUUUUAUACAUAUGCAUAUGUACAUAUCUGUUUAAUUUGAUUUAUUUCUAUAGUAUUUUUUAAAAAUUAAAAUAAAAAUUUGAGUACCUCA